AUGGCAAAUUCGAUUUCUGAAUCUAAAACUUCCUUUGAAUCUAAAACUUCCUUUGAAUCUUCAAUUUCCAAUACUGUCGCUUCCACUAUCAAUGAUAGCGAGUCGCAUCCUUAUGUCGGGUUUGACAAUAAUGCAGAAGAACGCAUCAGAGAACUAGCUAGAACAUUGACUCGAGCUAGUACAAAUUAUUCAGCUGCACAAAAUGGCACUGACAACCUCGACUUAGCCACCGUUUUAACUAGCGCAACUACACACUCUAUUUUUGGAAAAAAUGAUCCUGUUUCUCCAAACUUUGAAGAUACUGAUGCUGUAGGCUACGAUCCUAGGCUUGAUCCAGAUAAUGAUAUGUUCGAAAGUAAAGCGUGGGUUCAAAACGUCGCUAAUUUAGCAACCGCCGAUCCUGAGUACUAUAAACCGUAUUCGUUAGGUUGCACCUGGAAGAAUUUAUCUGCGUCUGGGGAUUCUUCUGAUGUUUCCUACCAGUCAACAUUUGGUAAUAUGCCGUUCAAGCUACUAACGCAAUUGGUUCGUCUCUGUCUUCCAAAGAAGGAGUCUGAUACAUUCAAGAUUUUGAAACCUAUGGAUGGCUGCAUCAAGCCCGGCGAGCUACUGGUUGUUCUUGGUAGACCAGGUUCCGGCUGUACUACACUGUUGAAGUCAAUAUCAUCCAACACUCAUGGUUUCAAUAUUUCAAAAGACUCCACUAUUUCUUACGAGGGAAUUACUCCAAAGGAGUUGAAGAAACAUUAUAGAGGUGAGGUAGUUUACAACGCAGAAGCUGAUAUUCAUUUACCUCAUCUAACUGUCUCACAAACUUUGUUAACUGUUGCAAGGUUAAAAACCCCUCAAAAUAGAUUCAAGGGUGUUGCAAGAGAAACAUUUGCUAAGCACAUGACAGACGUCGCAAUGGCAACUUACGGUUUAUUACAUACCAGAAAUACUAAGGUCGGUGAUGAUCUCGUAAGAGGUGUCUCUGGUGGUGAAAGAAAAAGGGUGUCAAUUGCUGAAGUAUGGGUCUGUGGAUCUAAAUUCCAAUGUUGGGAUAAUGCCACGAGAGGUUUAGACGCCGCUACUGCAUUAGAGUUUGUACGCGCUUUAAAGACACAAGCCGAAAUAGCUAACGCAGCAGCCACAGUUGCUAUUUAUCAAUGUUCCCAAGAUGCAUAUGAUUUGUUUGAUAAAGUAUGUGUCUUAUAUGAGGGAUAUCAAAUCUAUUUCGGUUCUUCACAAAGGGCCAAGCAAUACUUCGUUGAUAUGGGAUACAUCUGUCCCGAUCGUCAAACUACUGCUGACUUUCUAACUUCUAUCACAAGUCCAGCAGAAAGAGUUGUAAAUGAAAAGUUUAUAAGUCAAGGUAAGACUGUUCCACAAACCCCCAAAGAAAUGAAUGAUUACUGGAUGGAGUCUUCAAAUUACAAGGAAUUGAUGACUGAAAUUGAUGCUACCCUACUUGAGGACAACUCGCAGAAUACUUCCACAGUGAAAGCAGCACACAUAGCGCAACAAUCUAAAAAAUCUAGACCAACUUCUCCAUAUGUUGUGAAUUACGGCAUGCAAAUCAAAUACUUAUUGAUAAGAAACGUUUGGAGAAUGAAAAAUAGUCCUAGUAUCACUUUUUUCCAGGUUCUUGGUAAUUCUGGUAUGGCUUUUAUUAUUGGUUCAAUGUAUUACAAGGCAAUAAGAGGUGUAGGUACAGAAACAUUUUAUUAUCGUGGUGCUGCAAUGUUUUUUGCUAUUUUAUUCAAUGCAUUUUCCUCUUUGCUGGAGAUCUUCAAACUAUACGAAGCUAGACCAGUAACAGAGAAACAUAGAACAUACGCCCUUUAUCAUCCUAGUGCUGAUGCUUUCGCAUCAAUUAUCUCAGAAAUUCCUCCCAAAAUUGUAACCGCUAUUUGUUUCAACAUAAUUCUUUAUUUUUUGGUGAACUUUCGUCGUGACGCAGGUGCCUUUUUCUUCUACUUCCUAAUAAGUGUAACAGCGGUCUUCGCAAUGUCACAUAUAUUCCGUUGUGUCGGUUCCUUAACAAAGACUCUUCAGGAAGGUAUGGUUCCCGCUUCUGUAAUGCUGUUAGCUUUGGGAAUGUAUGCUGGAUUUGUUAUUCCCAAAACUAAAAUUCAUGCCUGGUCUAAGUGGAUAUGGUACAUCAAUCCGCUAGCCUAUUUGUUUGAAGCCCUUAUGAUAAAUGAAUUUCAUGGUAUAUGGUAUGAAUGUGGAGAAUAUAUCCCCUCUGGAGACUAUUACAGUAAUGUUACAGGUACGCAGCGGGUUUGUGGGGUAGUGGGGUCGAAACCGGGGUAUGAUUCUGUCCUAGGAGAUGAUUAUCUUAGUAUGAGCUAUGACUAUGAUCACAAACACAAAUGGAGAAGUUUUGGGAUUGGUCUUGGUUACGUUGUAUUCUUUUUCAUAUUGUAUCUGAUUCUUUGUGAAUACAACCAAGGAGCUAAACAGAAAGGUGAAAUAUUGGUAUUCCCACAGAAUAUUGUUCGUAGAAUGCACAAGCAAAAUAAAUCAGUCAGACAAACUACUAAAGACGGCUCUACCAAAGAUUUGGAAAACAAUCAGGAAAAAGACGGUAGCUCUGUCCAGGAUUCGGCUCUUAUUGAAGAUAGCGAUAGAGCGGAUAGUAAAAGACUUUCGUUGGAGUCUAAGAAUGCAUCUAACGAAAAGGAAAACGAAGAAGGCUUAUUCAAGUCUGAGGCCAUUUUCCAUUGGAGAGAUCUUUGUUAUGAUGUACAGAUUAAGAGUGAAACAAGACGUAUUUUGAAUAACGUAGAUGGUUGGGUCAAGCCCGGUACGUUAACCGCCUUAAUGGGUGCCUCUGGUGCUGGUAAGACUACAUUGUUAGAUUGUCUUGCCGAGAGAGUCACAAUGGGUGUGAUUACUGGUAAUAUUUUUGUGGAUGGACGUCUACGUGACGAGUCGUUCCCCAGGUCCAUUGGCUACUGCCAGCAACAGGAUUUACAUUUGAAGACUGCUACUGUUAGAGAGUCAUUAAGGUUUUCGGCUUAUUUACGUCAACCAGCGUCCGUGACAAAAGAGGAAAAGGACCGUUACAUCGAACAAGUUAUCAAGAUUCUGGAAAUGGAGACGUAUGCAGACGCAGUUGUUGGUGUUCCGGGAGAGGGUUUGAAUGUCGAACAGGGAAAGAGAUUGACUAUUGGUGUUGAACUUGCUGCUAAGCCAAAACUGCUAGUUUUCCUAGAUGAACCGACAUCUGGUUUGGAUUCACAAACAGCAUGGUCUACAUGUCAAUUGAUGAGAAAACUCGCCAACCAUGGUCAGGCCAUUCUCUGUACUAUCCAUCAACCUUCUGCUAUUUUGAUGCAAGAAUUUGACCGUCUGUUAUUUUUACAAAAGGGUGGCAAGACUGUUUAUUUUGGAGAUCUAGGUAAGGGCUGUAAGACAAUGAUUGAGUACUUCGAAAAGCAUGGAGCACAAGCAUGUCCACCGGAUGCCAAUCCAGCUGAGUGGAUGUUAGAGGUAAUUGGUGCAGCACCGGGCUCUCACGCAUUACAGGAUUAUCAUGAAGUCUGGAUGAAUUCAGAAGAAUAUAAAGCGGUCCAUAGGGAAUUAGAUCGUUUGGAGAAAGAAUUACCAUUGAAAACCAAAACGGCGGACUCGGAAGAGAAAAAAGACUUUGCUACGCCAAUACCCUUCCAGUUCAAGUUAGUCUGUCUUCGUCUGGCUCAGCAAUAUUGGAGAUCACCGGAUUAUCUAUGGUCAAAAUUCAUAUUAACUAUACUUUGCCAACUUUUUAUUGGGUUCACUUUUUUUAAGGCAGAUCACUCUCUACAAGGCUUGCAAAAUCAAAUGCUAUCUAUAUUUAUGUUUUCUGUUAUACUGCAACCAUUGAUCCAACAAUACUUGCCAUCUUACGUGCAACAAAGAGAUUUGUAUGAAGCCAGAGAGCGUCCAUCGAGAACCUUUUCUUGGGUAUCAUUUUUCCUGGCACAAAUAGUCGUGGAAGUUCCAUGGAAUAUGUUAGCCGGUACUCUAUCAUAUUUCCUCUAUUACUAUGCUGUAGGAUUCUACAACAACGCAUCAGAGGCAGGUCAACUACAUGAAAGAGGUGCACUGUUUUGGUUAUUUACAACCGCCUAUUUUGUUUACAUCGGUUCUCUGGCAAUCAUGGCAAUAUCGUUUUUACAAGUUGAAGAUAACGCUGCACAUUUGGAUAAUCUACUAUUUACAAUGGCAUUAUCGUUUUGCGGCGUUAUGGUACCCUCAAAAGCUAUGCCAAGAUUUUGGAUAUUCAUGUAUAGGGUUUCUCCCUUGACCUACUUUAUUGACGCUUGUUUAUCAACGGGUAUUGCUAAUGUUGAAAUAGAAUGCGCAGAUUAUGAAUAUGUUAGUUUAACUCCUCCAAAUAACAUGACAUGUGGUGAUUAUAUGCAGGAGUACAUUACAUACCGGGGUACAGGCUAUCUAGCAGACCCCAUGGCGACAGAUACAUGCCAAUUUUGUAAAUACUCCAAGACAAACGAUUAUUUGCUGACAGUCGGUUCGGCAUAUUACAGGAGAUGGAGAAAUUUCGGUAUUUUCAUCUGUUUCAUCGUUUUUAAUUAUGUCGUAGGAACAUUUUUAUACUGGUUAGCAAGAGUCCCAAAAUCUGAGCAUAAUAUUUUCAGAAGAUUGAAAGAGCGCUUCUUCACGCAUUAG